GUUCCCCGCCGCGCGCUGAGGCGCCUGCUCAGUGCGGGCCGCGGCGCGCGGGGGGCGGGGACGGCCGCUGGCGCUCAAGCAUGGCGGCCGCGGCGCUGGGCAGCUCGUCCGGCUCGGCGUCCCCGGCGGUGGCCGAGCUCUGCCAGAACACCCCUGAGACCUUUCUGGAGGCCUCCAAGCUGCUGCUCACAUACGCUGACAACAUCCUCAGAAACCCUAAUGAUGAAAAAUAUAGAUCUAUCCGGAUUGGAAACACAACUUUUUCCACUAGACUCUUGCCUGUCAGAGGAGCUGUUGAAUGUUUAUUUGAAAUGGGCUUUGAAGAGGGAGAAACACACCUUAUUUUUCCUAAGAAAGCUUCAGUGGAGCAGCUGCAAAAAAUUCGUGACCUGAUUGCAAUGGAGAGAAGUAGCAGAUUGGAUGUUUCAAAUAAGAGCCACAAAGUAGAAUCAUCUCAGCCACCUGAAGCCAACACCCAGCUUCCUACAACACAGUCUUCAAAUCCUAAUGGGUUAACCCAGCAUGCCGAAAACCGCCACGGGCAGUCGUCAAAUCCACCGUCUGCUCCAAUGGUUACUGCUAAUUCAACCAUUCUAAAAGUUCUUCAGUCCAACAUUCAGCAUGUGCUGGUCUAUGAAAAUCUUGCUCUCCAGGAGAAAGCAUUGGCUUGUAUUCCAGUCCAAGAACUAAAAAGGAAAUCACAAGAAAAGUUAUCUAGAGCUAGAAAAUUGGAUAAAGGUACUAAUGUAAGUGAUGGAGAUUUUCUUUUGCUGGAGCUUUUGCACUGGUUUAAGCAAGAAUUUUUUCACUGGGUGAAUAACAUUUUGUGCAGUAAAUGUGGUGGACAGACUAGGUCUAGAAGCAAAUCAUUAUUGCCCAAUGAUGAUGAGCUGAAGUGGGGUGCAAACAAUGUAGAAGACCAUUACUGUGAUGCAUGCCAGUUCAGCAAUCGAUUCCCAAGAUAUAAUGACCCUGAGAAACUUUUGGAAACAAGAUGUGGACGGUGUGGCGAGUGGGCCAAUUGUUUUACACUGUGCUGCCGAGCUUUAGGGUUUGAAGCUCGCUAUGUUUGGGAUUACACAGACCAUGUCUGGACAGAAGUCUUUUCUCCUUCUCAGCAGCGGUGGCUGCACUGUGAUGCCUGUGAAGAUGUCUGUGACAAACCACUCCUUUAUGAAAUAGGAUGGGGCAAGAAGCUUUCCUAUAUUAUAGCAUUUUCUAAAGAUGAGGUAGUUGAUGUCACUUGGCGAUAUUCUUGUAAACAUGAAGAAGUGAUCUCCAGAAGAACUGAGAUUAAAGAAGAAUUACUUCGAGAGACUAUUAAUGGGCUUAAUAAGCAGAGGCAACUAUCUUUGUCAGAAAACAGAAGAAAAGAACUUCUCCAAAGGAUAAUUGUGGAGCUUGUUGAAUUUAUAUCUCCCAAAACCCCUAAACCUGGAGAACUUGGUGGAAGAAUAUCUGGGUCAGUGGCUUGGAGAGUAGCCCGAGGCGAAAUGGGUCUAGAGAGAAGAGAAACUCUGUUUAUCCCCUCUGAAAAUGAGAAGAUUUCUAAACAGCUCCACCUUUGUUAUAAUAUUGUGAAAGAUCAUUAUGUUCGAGUUUCAAAUAACAAUCAAACCAUUUCUGGAUGGGAGAAUGGUGUGUGGAAAAUGGAAUCCAUAUUCAGAAAAGUUGAAACAGACUGGAACAUGGUAUAUUUAGCCCGAAAGGAAGGAUCAUCUUUUGCUUAUAUUUCCUGGAAGUUUGAAUGUGGGUCAGUUGGCCUUAAAGUAGAUAGCAUUUCCAUUAGAACAAGUAGUCAAACCUUUCAUACUGGAGUAGUACAGUGGAAACUGCAAUCUGAUACAGCACGAGUAGAUCUGACAGGCGAUAAAAAUCUUCGCUCCUAUCAUGAUUUUUCUGGUGCCACUGAAGUUAUUUUGGAAGCAGAAUUAAGCAGAGGAGACGGUGAUGUUGCUUGGCAACAUACCCAGCUGUUUAGACAAAGCUUAAAUGACCAUGAAGAAAAUUGUUUGGAGAUAAUUAUAAAAUUCAGUGACCUUUGAGAACCUGAACAUUAUAGAAAAGCUAGCAAUAAUCAAGGACUUACCAUGGUCUAAAGUAGUCUGUCGGUUCAGUGCAUGUUUAGUUGGCAGUUUACUACCCUGUGCUAUAUUCUUUUGCUAGCUAUCCGUCAUGUAACCCUUGGGAAAAUAUAUCUUUAUACUGUGAACCAUAAUGAAAUCUUGAGUUAAAAA